AUGGAUGAGUACAGAGACGACGAGGACUUGGACGACUUCAUCGUCUCAGAGGAGGAAAUCAUGGAUACAGAGAAACAGGAUGGCCUUUCAGAAUCCAACUCCCCAAAACUAGAUCGAAUCGCUGUCUUGACAUCUACCCUAAAGGGGCAUGAAACCUACACUUCCAAGGUCCUUAGGGCGCACAUCUCUGUUUUGGUAUCUGCGUUGGGUGGCCCCGAUCAUUCAACAGAAGAGGGCUUGUAUAAGUUGGGUCAUGAUGCAUUGGCGUGUUUGAAAGAUUUGAAACGCUGGAUCCGAAGCGUGGAUGAGAAAAGCAGCUCUUUUGAUGUCGCUUUGGCUUGCGCUGACUGUGGCCUAGUGACAAAUGACUUGAUUGUAAUACUUUGUCAAUGGUACAAGCCCUCUGAUAAGGUCAAGCGCACAAAAUCUGUUGAAAAAAUAAUGCUUGCGUCAUUGGAACUCUUGGUCUUGCUAACAUGGCCAAUCGACGUGAAUCGCAAAAGCCCGAUAAAUGAAUAUACCGCCAGAUCAAAUGCUAGGCGAGCCCAAUUGAUUUAUAAGCACAACAUAUUGAAUUACAAGCUGGGACUCACACUCAAAGCUGUGAUUAGCCUCGGCUUGAAAGCCCUCACUACCCCAAGGGAAGACAGAGAACCUCGAGAUGUUAAUAUCUUGCGUCUUAUUUUAUUCUUCAUUAGGAAUGUUCUUUACAUCGAGCCAUUGCCGGCUUCAAAAAGCUCGAAGGGUUUUAAUAAUUCUUCCGAUCUACCAAAUGGCAUGAAUUUGGAGGACAUAAAUACCAGCUUUGUGCUCACUACCUUCGAAAAGCACAAAGUGCUUCUUUUUCUCACAUCCAUUGCACAUUCUGUGCUGUCCGAACUUACGGACGAUUCGUUCGGCCAGGUAGUGAUGGAAUGUCUAUCCCUUUUGACGAAAGGUAUAGAUGUAACUUCCUUGUUUUCUUCGAGUCCAAAGACGUCCAUUGCAAAAGACGCAGCACGGUCAGCUUCAGAGGUUGCACCUGCUUCGAGUGCCGCUGGCCUACACCUCCAAGAUUUAUUAAAUGAGGAAACCAGAAGAAAGAGGUUGCAGAAGAAUACGUUAUCAACCAGACAUGGUAGAUUUGGAACACUUUUAUCAAUAAGGUCCACAGAUGAUACCGGAUUUUACACAGUUUCAGGUCAGGAAGCACUUAGCAGCACACACGACACACUAGACAAACUCGACAGAAGUAAGAAAUGGCACAGAAUGUCGAACUUCAAAUAUGAUUCUAACGGCUAUUUCCCAAAAAGUUCUGUUAUCCUCAAUUUAUCUAACCAGCUUAUUUUGAAGAAUUUUGUGAACGAGUUUUUGCUUAGUGGAUGCUUCAAUAAUGUCCUUCGUUUCGUGGGACAAAUUUUGACUAGCGUCUCUAAUGAGCAUGGCUUAGGAAGAGCAGGCAUUUUGGAGGCUAUAGAUGGACAUGAAUUGGCAUCUUAUUUUAUGACUGUCGCGUGGUUCUUGAGUUACAAGCGGGAACGUCUUGCUCAUUAUGAACAGCAAAAUAAGGCUCCUCUGGGUGAUGAGGAUGGUUUAGACUAUGGGUCUGUUGGAGAAGCGUUGAGUGAAGUCAACUUCAUUUUGUUGGUCUCUUACUUAAGAUCAGCACAUGACGCGAAGGAUUACGACUCGCUUCAUGUAGCGAUGACAUGCUUCCGUGAGAUGCUAUUUAUUGCUCAUGCCAUCUUCACGAAAGCUCGCACUCAGCGAGAGAUCGAAUUGGAAUCUGAAGCCGAUGUGAAUGAGGACCGAGAGUUGGCUGAGGGUAUCAUUCGAAAAUUGUUUUCUCAAAAGCACUUCCUUGAUGUUAUAAUUGACAUUCCUAAACAAGCAUCAAAACAUUCACCAGAAUAUUUGAAGGUGGUUGUAUCAACCGUUCACAUUCUUCUCAAAAGUUUUGAGAGUUUAGCUAAUGAGGACGUGAAACUCUUUAUUAAAACAAGGAGAAGGAUAAGCAAGCUUAAUAGACAGGGUGGCCUCAACAAAGACAUGGACCAGCAGCAUUGGCAUCUUAUCGAUAGGGAUUCUGAUGACGAAGAUGCCGAAGCAGAGAUGCGUUACAUCGUUCAAGAAAGGAAACUUGAUUUUAAAAAUACAGAGGUAAAGUUCUUUCAUAGUGACACCGUUUCAACUCACAUUCAAUACCUUUCCAAAUUUGAGGAUCUUUCAUUCGAAGAGAUCAAGAGAGGGAUUUCCUUUUUUCACCGUUUGUUUGUUGUGAGAAAGGAUUUCUCUGCAUUGUACCGACUUGACUUUAUCAAUACUAUUUAUCGGCUAAGGCAUUAUCUACCCCGAAAUUCGAACAUCAGAGGUCAUGUUGAGGACUUCAUUGUCUAUUAUAUGAAAAAGUUCAAGGAAGCUUUGGAUAGAUUUCCGAUGGCUUUAGAGUUAUUGUUCCCCAGAUUUGAGAAUUUAGAAAUCAAGAGUUACCUUAGCACGGGUGACUUGGAUCUUUCGGCGACAAAAACAAAUAGAGAAAUGGUACAUAGCAGUCGGUCGAGUUAUUUCGCUGAUGACGCUCCACAGCCAAGGGAGGCGGAUUUGCUCGAGUUCAUUGACAAUGACAAACUGAGAGAUGAGAUAAUCUCGAUUAUUGUUUACUACAUGAUGAAAAAAAGUAAUGGACCCAAGAUGCUAAAGUUCAUUGCAAGCGAGCUAGCAAGGCUCGCGGACCUUGCAAAGUCUGGUGUUCUGAACCUCAAACUUCGGCUCACUCUUGCGAAUAGAAGGCUUAUGAUUAAUGAUUCAUACUUGCGGUUACUUCUAGAGGUCGUGGGAUUUGAGCUUCCCUACUUACAAAACGAUGAAACAAAUCUCAAGCAAGGUAUUACCGCGGAAGACCUCGCUGAAGCGAAGCAACUGAUCGAUUUGUGGGUCGAACGUCACAAAGGCGCUAUCGGUGACCUCGAACCCUAUCUAGAUCAAAUUCGCCACACGAUAUUCACUGAUGAACAAUUAAGAUUCGGAGAGCAGGCCCAUUCUAACUUGAGACUCGGAGCCCCUUACGAUGAGUUGCUUGCUUCACGCUUGAAUUUAAGCAAUGAUCAGGUGAUGAAAGUCAUUGGUUUGGCAAGAAGAAAGGAAUUCAACGAAGCAUUUAUCGCUGAUCAAUACGAGGUAGAUGAAGAUUUUGAUCCUGAAAAAGAUGAUUCGCCUGAAGAUGACAAUGCGCAUCAGGAUGAUGCUGCGAGACCGGUGAGGAAGAAUUCAAAACGGUAUCUUCAAAGACAGAAUUUGAGUGAUGAGCUGGACGACGAACUUCCACAAAAGAGCAAAAGAGGCCGCAGUAGAGUGAGAAUGCCAAACUUAUCACUCGAUUCAGACGAUGAGGACGAUAUGGUUGCAAUUAGUAAAUCUGCGGAACUUGUUCACGAUUCAGACGAUGAUUCGGAUGACGAAAGAGUGCAGAGUUUUUACGAAAGCGAGGAAAAGCUAAGGAAAUUGAUACAAGAAACGGGCGGCAUCCAAAAGGACCAGUUGGAAAUAUUUAAAGAGUCGUGGGAGAAGAUCAAAUCUGCUGGUUCAGACUCCCAAGUCAAAGAUGCUAUCCAUAUGGCCAGCAAAGUUGUUGCAGAGUUUGAUGACAGCCCUAAUUCCGAUAAUGCAAUGCAAGAUGAUACCCCCUUUACAUCAGCAAGUGACGACUUGAGCGCUUCAGAAUCUGAAGUCGUGUCUACUCGUAAGAGAAUAUUGAGAGAUGAAGAUGAGGAAGAUGAACCUCCCCGCAAAGGUAGUCACUUGGCAAGAAAGAGGACAAAACUUCUUGAUGACGAUAAUGACGAUAUUCUUUAG